AUGAAGAUUGCACAAUCUUUUGCUUUCAUUCAAUUUUCUUCAUUCUUUGCUUUCAUUUUACCUUUUCAUUCUUUCAUUUUUCUUUUUCAUUCUUUCAUUUCAUUUCAGUCACUGCUUUUCUUUAUUGCCCAUUAUUUAUUUCCAUUUGCUUCAAUCUUUGAAUUCAUUUUGCUUCAUUCUUUUUUGCUUUCAUUUCUAUUCAUUUUUAUUUCAUUUGUUUUUCUUUAUUUUCACUCAUCCUCCCUUUUUCUUUGCAUUCAAAUCAUUUCCUUUUAUUCUUUUGACUUGUUUUUCUUAAUUCUUUGUUUGCUUGAUUUUUCGUCAUUCUUAAUUUCACUCUUUUCUUCAUUCUUUUUCAUUAACUAUUUUAAUUUCUUUUUUAAUUCAUUCUUUAGUUUAUUUUUUGCCAAUGUUUUCUUUCAUUGUUUUCAUUCACGCUUAAUUUUUUGCUUUCAUUUCAUAUUCUUCAAUAUUUGCUCCACUUAUUUUCCAUCUUUGCUUUUAUUCCUUUUCCAUUCUUUGCUUUCAAUUUGUUUUCAUUCAUUUUUCUUCUUCAUUGCUUUCUUUUUAGUUUUUAUUGAUUCUUUGUCUUCAGUGUAUUUCAUUCUUUACUUCAUUAUUUUCAUUUUUCAUUAUCUAUAUUGGAUAUUUCUCUUUAUUUCUAUAUUAUUAUCACCCGCUAAUAUUAAUAUUAUUUGA